CUUUUCUUUGAUAAUUCUCUCCGCUUUCUUUGUUCCUUUUGUGGAUUUUUUGCGUUGGCGGCUCGGUCGUGAAAGGAAAGGAACUUGGUGCUGCCUGAUGGUGAGAACGCCUUGUUGGAGCAUUACAUAAGCCCUGUUGCACAGGCAUAGCUCAUCAUGUACUUAAAAGACCCCGUUGUCUGCUGCAUUGAAUGCAAGAUAUCCAGUAUUGAAGCAACUAUGAAUCGUUCUCAACUCAUUCUAUUCAACUUCAAUCUUUGUCAUUGACCAAUAUUCAAAAUGUCGGCUGAAGUUCCAAGUGUUAAAAUUACAUCCGGCGAGCCAGAAACGGCAACCCAGGUUCUAAGAGAUGAUGUCGCAUCCACCACCGAAAUAAACAAGACCACCGAUCAAGCAGCUCCAACACCAGCCAAACUUCCAGAAGUUGCUGUUCCAAGGGUUGGUGUCACGGCUGUGAUCCAAAAUGCGGAGGGCAAAUUCCUCUGCAGCAUCCGAAAGGGCAGCCAUGGCCAGGGCACAUGGCAGUUCCCUGGCGGACACUUGGAGCCUGGGGAGGAGCUCCUGGAUUGUGGCGCGCGAGAGACGCUUGAGGAAACGGGCCUUGAGGUCGAAGGAAAGGGUGUCUUUACUAUUACGAAUGAUGUGUUUCUGAAUGAAGGCAAGCACUACAUUACAAUCUUCGCCAACUUCGUCAUGAAGGACCCGAACCAGGAGCCACAGGUCAUGGAGAAGAACAAGUGCGACGGAUGGUACUGGAAGUCGUGGGAUGAGCUGUUGGCCAUCAAUGACGCUGCAGCUGCUGGUACUGCAACGAACGGCCUAUUUCUGCCUCUAGUGAAUCUGAUCAAGAAGACAUCCGACCUCAGCCUCGAGGAGUUUAUCAAGCAGAAAGGCUUCUGAUGCUACCUACGCAUCGUUCGGUUUCGACACGUUAUCCUACCCCUGCUUAUGAUUCUUCUUCUUUUCUUCAUCUUUCU